CUUUAUUCGGUGUUUGAAAUUAAAAACGUGCAGUUCUCUUGUGAUAUAAACAAAAAGACAACAAAAAUGGCGUCGGUGGUCAAAUUUAUUACCAGCCCUGAGAUGGUUCCCGGUGUGAUGCUGUUGAUGCUAACCGUGGUGUCUCGGGUGUCUUUUGGGGCUCCUGUGGGCGAUGCUGGAGAAGCACGCAGGAGUUGUUCCAGGCAGAUGCAGGUUCUGCGGGAUAAUUGGGACAAAAUUCUUCCCAAAUGCGAAGAGCAACAACAUAACGUAGACAAGGAGAAGAAGGACUGCGACGUUAAAGGAAACGAAAUGGGUCUCAAAGACCUGUUCGUGGACAGUGACUAUAGUGGCAGAUCGUGCCGUGAGCUGCAGGGGGAACUGGUUAAGCCAGACAUGUACGACUGGUAUGGUUGUAUCUACAAGCGGGACAACAAAACAUUCAACCAAGGCAUCAUCGCCACCUCAUCCCUUGGGAAGCCAUUACAGACCACGUCCAGUUUCAGUUUUAGGUAUUUCAAGCUCAUGUGUGAGCACCGAAUCAAAGAAGAGGUCGGCGACGGACCCAAAGGCAUGAUCGAGCCCAGCUGUGUGCCGAAAUAUCAAAUCAUCCAGGUCACCCUCGAGGCACCCAACUGUGGCGCAGAAGGAAAAGAAACCCGAAAGAUCUGGUGGCCGGCAACCAUGUGAACAGAUGGCAUAGCCUGAAGAAAAAUUUGAAUUGUAAUUGCCGGGCUAGAAUUAAACUUACCUAAACGAAAUCGUAGAUGAUGUUACUAUUUUGUGCAUAACAACUAGAAA